ACGAAACGUUUGGCCUCCAACGUCGCGGCCCUCGCAUUUCUCUUCCCGACGCGUCUCUCACCCGUUCGGUCGUUCGGACGUCGCUCGCCCAGCUCUGUCGUUCGCUCGCUCCGCUCGCUCACUCCAUCGCUGGCCUCGCUCCGCCCUCUCUCCCUCUCUCGGCAGCGUUUCGAACAAACUGUGGCCUGUUUGAGCCCUUAGUCAUGUUCUUCGGACUUACAAACUCGCCAGCCACCUUCCAAUUGUUCAUGAA